GCUCCUGCAAUACUUACGAGUUUAUUUCUAAAAAAUAACUCACCUUCAACUUAAAGAAAGUUAUAGAUUUCAGUAGUUUUGGCAUUUUACAAACCAAAGAUUUAAGAUGAGACAUGAGACGGAACAAAUCCAUAACCGCAAUCAAAGAUUAAUCCGAUUAUUGGAUCACUGGCUACAGCACUGCUUGUGUUUAAUUCUGCCAAGAAACAGGUUUACUGCCUGGCCAAAAAAAAAAAGAAACUGUUUCUUAAACAGCCAUGUUGAAAGACACAUCCCGUGGUCGUGGAAAAGAUGUUUGGGAAGAGUCAAAUCACUGGCAUCAAGCAGAGGAAACGUCUGAGGAAAUUGAAGCAGCAACUACUAGAACUGGGCGUUAUUAAAAACUGGAAGGAUAUUGGGGCCGUGCUACGAUCUGGACUCGCUGCAGUCGCUCAGGUCCAGGUUCAUUCAUUCUUCCCAAAGGAUGAGGUCAGCUGACUACCUGAAUAUACUGAACGACCACGUUAUUAUUCCUUCAAUGGAGUUUUUUUUUCUUCUCUGAUGGAUCAGACACAUACCAAGAUGACAGCGUCAGGAUUCAUGGGGCUCGAAUUGUGAAAGAGUGGCUCACGGAUUAGUGGGUGGAUUGGCCACCGCAGAAUCUUUGGGAUGUGCUGGAGACGGGUUCGAUCUUGUUUGAUUGCUGUAAUCAAAGCUAAAGACGACGUUUCUUUUUCUUUUCUUUUCUUUUUUUGACCAGGUAGUGUACAUCGCAUACAUGUCAGUACUUCAGCUAUAUUCUAAAUAUGUUAAUGAUUAAAAAUAUACAUAUUCAUACAAAAGUAAAUACAAAAUACUAAGUACGGAUAUUAGUAGCGUCUGGAAUACAUUCAGCUAGCUUGUUUCUGAUCAUAAAAAUGGAAAUAUUUGGCAAAACACAGGAACACCACAAGGAGCAGCAUCUUCACGGGAAAAAAAGGGGAACAACAAAAAAAAAACAAAAACAAACAAAACAUUUAGCUUUUCGUGUCAGGUUGAAGUCUUUGAAUAAUAACGUCGUAGUGCAAUAAUGUUACACAGAGAAGGCAACGAUAUGUUAGUGUAGUUUGCAUUACCCUGUGGCACACAGUCCCUUAACAGUCAUAUCAGCAGGUGUGAUGGAUGACCGGCAGCAACGUGUUUUUGUUUUUUUUGUUUUCCUUUAGCCUGAUGUACAGUUUCCAACAUUGUUCUACAUAUAAUGCAACCACUCAUACAAAUAUAAUACCAACAGAACUACAAAUAUCUACCUUAUAAGAGGUUAAAAAGGUAAAAAUCUAUUCAUUAAGGCCUCAUUUUUCCUUUUCUUUUCUUGUUGCACUUCGGCUCCUUGCCAAAAAUGUUUUAUACGCAAGUCAUUAUGACACAGUUGCAGUUAUUGUGACUUGGUGUCAGAGCUCAGGGAGACGUCCCGACUCCCUCCCGCCGCUCUCCUUUUCCUCUUCCCCCAGUGCAGAUGUCUGUAGAUGGAGUCGAACACUGACACCGUGUAGCGCGCGAACAGGCUGGUCCACUUCACUGCGUCCACCAUCCACUGCACGUAGCGUCCCACGAAGGCCACGAACACCGUGGCGUAGUGAGCCAGCAGCAGCAGACUCCUCCCCAGCUGCCUGCCGUGGUUGACGAUCAGCUUCACUCUUUGAUCAUGCCCUGCCAUCAUUAAACUCUUUUUUUUUUUUUUUUUUAUGGUCCAGGGUGCAGAGGGCUCAAAUUCAGUGUGUCUCUUGGCUCAAUUUGGCACUUUCUUCGUUUUUUAAGAUGUGUGUAUUUACGCAGACGCUCCCUGGGAGAGGCGUAAACUUGCAGGCGGUCCCUUACGCACGCCCCGCUCCGUCCAAUCACAGCGCAGGAAGCUUCGUUUCCGGGAAUGUUUGGUGAUGUGGCUAUGCUCUAAAACCCAUCCGAGGAAAUAUAUCAAAUAAAAAAGCAGACACAAUUACCUGAGACACACGCGCACAGUGCCAUCCCUAUGUUGAGCCGUCUGGCCAACGUCCUCCAGGAGCUCUCUGGAGAGGAGGGCCCAGAUGGAGACCAACAGGGCAUGCUCGUGCCUCAGCUUCCGCCCGGCGAAGGCCAAGCUCUGGGUGAGUCUGAGGCACCUGAGGAGGCCAUGGAGAGGCUGGCCCACCUGGAGCAGCUGGUGGUGCAGCUGAAGGAGCUCAUCCGAGACAAAGACACGCAGCUGAUCCAAAAGGACGCCGAGCUGACCAACAAAGAUGCGCAGCUCAAGAAUGAGAAAGACGAAGCAGAGGCCCGCUUCACCAAACUCAAACUACAGGCCAAAGCCAAGAUGGCUUCCCUCACCAAACAGAUCAGUGAACUGAAAGGACAAGGAGGCGGUGCAACACAGAGUCCAGACAGCUCUUUUACCGGAGCUGGUGCUGCAGUCGAGGAGGAGCUCCAAGAGCUGAAGAAGAAGCUGAGUGAGGAGGAAGUCUGCAGCAAGGACCUGAAAGAGCGUCUCCAUGCCACCGAGCAGCUCCUCCAGGAGAAGGAAUCCACCCAUGCCGAACAGCUGCGGAUGCUGCAGGCCGUCGUCUCUGAGAAGGACGUGCGUUUCCAGGAGCAGAUUCAGAAGCACGAGGAGGAGCUGCUGAAGGUCACAGCCCAGUCUCAGAACGAUGCCGAGCUUCAGCAGGUAAAAGAGGCCCUGCGAGCAGCUCAGCAGCGAUGUGAAGAGCUUGAAGAGGCCGUGAACUCUCGCUCCCAGGUCCUGGAAAUGCUGCAGCAGGAAGUGAGCAGCGCCGAUCAGCAGAAACAGAUCUUGACGGCUCAGUUCAGGCAGAUGGAGCAGGAGCUGGCUGAAGCCGUCAAGCUGAGGGAGGAGGACCGGCGGCUUUGGGCCGAACAGACCGGCAGGGCCGAUGCAGAGCUCGCCGCCCUCCGAGCCAGCCUGGAGGCCCUGGAAAAAGAGAGAACGGAAAGCCAGGAGAGCGAGCUAUCUUCUCUGAGAGAGGCGGAGCAUGUUGUCCAGGAGGCUCUGGAGAAGGAGAAGAUGGAAGUUGCCAGAUUGGAGAAAGAGCUGGCUUUGUUGAAAGAGGCCGAGCGAGCAAGCAGCGAGGCUUCGGAGAGAGACAGGGCGGAAAUAGCUCGACUCGAGGGUGAACUCGCGGCGGAGUCUGCGGCCGUCCAGGCCGGGCAGGACGCCUUGGAGAGAGAGAGGUCAGAGGUCGAUAAAGUGGAGAAAGAGCUGGCUGCCCUCAGGGAGGAGCAUGAAGAAAUGAAGAAGAAAGGAGAAGUCUUGUCUCAGAUUUGGGGACACCUUCGUUCUGUGGCUGUAGAAGAUGCGCCAGAGGAAAUUCCCGCUGACCCGUCUCUGCUCCUGGACGCUGUGCGGUCCGUCGAGACGCAACUAACGAGGCUGAAAGACCAGUGCAGGGAAAGUGAGGAGCGCUGUGCCCAGCUCACCCACGCCACGGAGACCCUUCAGGAACAACUGGACAAAAAAACUACAGAGGAGGAGGAGGCUGCUGCCAGGAUACAGCAGCUAGAGGAGCAAAUGGUAACGUUGUCCGACAGAAACAAUGUGACUGAACCGUCAGAGGAUUCAGCUGAAACUGAAAAAGCACACAUUCUGUCUCUGGAGCAGCAGCUUUUAGAAAAAGACAACGAGCUGGCUGCCUUGCGAGAAUCCCUCAUCGCAGCUAAGAAGCACAUCUCCAGUGAGGUUACAUCAGACGAUCAGACUCAGAAUCAGGAUACCAUUACAGCUCCUCUUGAUAGUUCUGCAGUCAUUCCCGACUUUAUGGAUGAUACACAGGAAGAGGAGACCACCCUGGUUGCUGAGGACACCUCUGUCUUGUCCAUCUCUGCUGGUAACGAGAGCAGCCCCGAGCUAAUUGGACACCAGUCUGAGUCCCCGGAGGAAUCCAAAGGGACCUCCUCAGAUGAGAUGGUUGCCAGCAGUGACUCGGAGGUGGCUCACAGCAGCUGGACCCUCCUGGAAGCUGUGAAUCAAGAUGGAGGUCAGGAGUGGCCCUCCGUCCUGCAGGACUUUAACCAGUCGUGGGUGGCUACGAGCAUGGAGCAGGAAACCUCCACAGUCCAAGUCGAAUCCUCCUCCGUCACCAUCAGAGAGACGGUUCAAGUUCACGUGACUCAGCAGGGUUCCUCGUCCAUGGAUGUUAACGUCUCCUCCAGCCAGGUCUUCGCUCAGGCUUUAGCCGAGGAGCUCCAGAAGAGGUAUAGUGAACUUUUGGCUGAGCUGCAGAGGCUCAAAGAGGCAGCAGCAGAGUCACAGGAGAGAAUUCAGACUCUGGAACAGGAGACCCAGUCCCUCAGUGCUGCUAAAGAAGAGGCCGAGGCCCAAGCCAGUAAUUUUGCAGAGGACCUUCGGUCAGCCAGAGAGGAGAUGGACAACCGCUCCCAGCAAAACAGCUCUGUGGUGGAGAAGCAUAGUAUGGAAAUGCAGCUUCUAGAGGAACAAAUAGACAUCUUAACCUCUGGAAAUAAAGCCAAAGAACAGAAGCUUCAUGCUUUGCAGACAGAUCUGGAAAUGGCCCAAAAAGCUCUCUCUGAGCAGGAGGGUCAGGCAAGGAUGCUGAGUGCUCAGCUGGAGGAGAGAGAGCUCCUCUCCUCUGAGCUGGAACGGAGGCUUCAAGACAUGGAAAACAGCGUGCUUCAAUACUCCCAGACAUCAGAUCUCAAUAGCGAGUCUCUGUCAAUAAAGGACUCGGAGAUCAGUGAGUUACAGCUUUGUCUCAGCGAGAAAGAGCAGGAGAUGAUGGAGCUUAAUAACAGUAUGUCUGCCAGACUCCUUCAAUCAGAAGAAGAGAAGUUCAGGAUAGACAGUGAAGCGAGUAAACUAAAGGAGCAGAUAGCAGAACUUGAGAAAGUCCGAGACGAGAAAUCGACUUUUGAAGAUUCAGCCGCUCAUGCGGAUGAUGAAUUGGCCACUUUACGAACGGAGAAAGAACAACUUGAAAAACAGCUUACAAACACAAAAAAGAAGCUGCAGGCAGCACUUGUGCAGCGCAAAGAGCUCAUGAAGAAGGUUAGCGAGUUUGAAGUAGAAGCAAAGAAAUGGAAAGAGAAAGAUGAAGAAGCAGUUGGAGGUUCUGAAAGUACCCUGCAGGUAGAAAAAGGACAUGAGCUACAAGAAAUGGAGACUAAACUCAUGGAGCUUGAGGAAGCAUUACGAUCCAAAGAAGAGAUAGUAGAAACUCUGGAGCAGAAAAUUAGCCAACAGGAUCAAGUUCUCGCUGAGACAGUGGCUCUGAAUAUGAAGCUGAGUAAAGAAGCUGAAAACACAGAUGUCUCUGCUGAAACAACUGCGUUACAAUCUCAAGUGUCCUCCCUUGAAGCGGAGUGUGAGACGCUUCAAAAGAAGGUUCACGAGGCUCAAGAGUCUCGCAAAGAAACUAUCCGCAAGGCGAAGGAAAAAGAUCGACACCACCGUGAGCAGCUGAAGCAGCAGAAGGAAGAAUACAACGAGCUGAUGGAGCGCUUUGAGGUGCAGACUGGGGAACAUGGAGUCCUUCUUACUAAACUAAGAGAAAUAGAAGAAAACAUGAGCGCUGGACGAGAAGAUCAUCAAGAGGCCAAGAACAUGGGUGAAAAGUUGGAGAAGCCUGCAGCAAAUGAUUGGGCCCAGGAGGACUGGGUGGACUUUGCCGCAUCUGAGACGGAUUCAUCACAACCACAAUCCAGUGAUCCAAGUCAGCGUCCUGGAGAGCCGACUAAAGUCGACUCUGAACAAGUGGAGGAAUCUCUGAAAGCUCUCAGAGACGAGAUCCAGGCUGUGAAGACGGCAAACUCAGAGCUAGAGACGAAGCUGCAGGAAACCCAGACCAGUCUGUCCCUGAAAGAGACUGAAGUACUGGACUUGGGCAAAGAGCUGCAAGCACUGAGAGAAAAGGAUUGCCAGAUUGAUUCACUCUCAGAGGAAAUUAAUGAUCUGAGGGAAAAAUAUCUCCAAGCUCAGUCUUAUGCCGAAUCUCUAAAAACAGAGAUGGAGGCUGGAGCCAAGACAGCAGCUGCAGAUUCAUCCAUUGUGACUCUUCAAGCUGAAGUGGAAGACUUCAAGCAGUUUCUCGACAACAAGAACCACGAGAUAAUGGAGCUCAGUCAGCAGCUUAGCGAACAGAACUUGCUCAUACACUCGAUGCAGGACACUGUGUCCCAAAAGGAUCAGCUGAUAACUUCUUUGCAGGAGGAACUGAAAGCUGAGAAAGAAAAAUCAGAGAGGUUUGAAGCCGAGGCUCCACAGAAACAGGAGGAAGACAGUGAAGCAAAGAUACAGCAGCUUCAGCGAAAACUUCAAGCUGCUCUGAUCUCUCGCAAAGACGCCCUGAAAGAAAACAAAAGCCAGAAGGAGCAGCUAGCUUCAACUGAGAAGGUCAUAGCGGAGCUGCAGCAGAAAAUCGACUCGGCAGAAGAUGAGCUGGAGAAGCUAAGAGCUGAAAGAGUUAGACUGAUUGACGAGGUGGAUCGGACGUUGCUGGAGAACCAAAGUUUGGGAUCUUCGUGCGAGAGCCUCAAGCUGGCGAUGGAGGGAAUAAUCAGCGAGAAAGAUGCCUACAAAAAAGAGGUGGAGUUGGCAAAAGAAGAGGCUGCCAGGACGUGCAGAGAGUGGGAGGAAAAGGUUCAGGGCAUGAAGGAAGAGUACGAGACUCUGCUCAAGUCUUAUGAAAAUGUGAGCGAUGAGGCCGAGAGGGUGAGACGCGUCCUGGAAGCCGCCAGGCAGGAGAGACAGGAUAUGGCGUCCAAGGUGAGGGCUACCGAAGCUGCGAGGCAGGAAGCUGAACGACAGGCAGCGGACGCGCAGAAAGAGGUGGAUUCGGUGAAAGACAAAAUGAGAAAGUUUGCCAAAACAAAGCAGCAAAAAAUAUUAGAGCUAGAAGAAGAGAAUGAAAGACUCAGGGAGAUGCAGGACAAGCCUGUAAGUAAGCGAGAGGACAAAGCUCUCAACGCUAAAGUUGAACAGCUUCAAGAGGAGCUGGGCGCUUUGAAAGCCGAGCUCGAUGCUUCAGUGGCAGAAAGAGACACUUUAGGUCAACAGGUGGAAGAGCUGAAAGAACAACUUGCACAAAUGAAAGAAAAAGGCAGUGAAAGCGGUGAAGCUGUUGUAGAAGAGGUUGUCAGUGCACAGCAAUCAGACACAAUCAUGACAACAGCAGAACCUGUUGAGAAUAAGUGCGAAGACAAAGACAAGCCCUUAACCUCUGAAGAGACUCAAGAUCGUCCAAUAGUUGCAGUGUCUGCUUCAGAAACGCAUGUGGAGCCGACCGAAGAUAAAGAAACGAGCGACGGUGCUCAAACGCUACUAGAAAAUAAAAUGAGGGAGAUUGAAGCAGCUCUUAACGCAGAGAGGGAACUGUGGCAGGAACGAGAAGCUGAACUCAAAGCCGAAAUAGCCUCUCUUGAACGUGAUCUUCAGGAGAACAAAGAGAAGGAGACCCUCUCGGUCUCUUUAGAGAAGUGCCUUCAAGAGAGCAAUGAAAGAGAGCGGAGCCUAAUUGAAGAGGCUUCAAACAGAGAGACACAGUUUAAAGAACUCCUCAGAAGCCUUGAAACUGAAAAGGAUAACCUGGAGGAACGUCUGAUGAACCAGUUGGCUCAGCUCAACGGGAGCAUCGCUGGCUACCAGCAGGAGGCGGCAGACAACCGGGAGCACCUCAACGAGCUGCAGCGGGACGUGGAGAGGCUGGAGAGGGAGAGAGCGGAGCUGGAAGCCGAGGCUCAGAGUGAGAGGGACCGAGCCGCCAGGCUCGAAGAGGACAUGAGACAAGCUCAGCGAGAAAGGGCCGAAGCCGAGGCCGAGUCUGGUAAACAGAGGGAGCUGGAGCAGCAGCUGAGGUCCGCCCAGAGGGUGAAAGAAGGAAGCCAGAGCAGAGCGCGUCAGCUGGAAGAACUGCUGAGGGAGAAGCAGCUGGAAGUCCGUCAGCUGCAGAAGGACUCCAUCCAGUACCAGGAGAGGAUCAGUGAACUGGGUAGAGAGGCUAAGGCGCUGCAGCUAAGCAAUGAUGAGCUUCUCAAGAAACUACAGCAAUCCCAGCUGGAUGCUUCUAAAACUUUAGAGGACCUGAAAAGGACUGAAGCAGAGCUGGUCACUUGUAAAUCACAGCUAGAUGAAGCCCAGCAACGAGCAAGCGAAGCCCUAGCUGCAAAAACUGCAAUUGAACAGAGCGUACAGCAGAGAGAGGCCACGUUGAAGGCGGAGGCAGAGCAAACUCUGGACUCUGUGAGGUUCAGGCUGGGAGCUGAGCUGAAGGAGAUUGAACUGAGGCUGGAGGACGCAUACAAAGAAAGAGACAACCAAGAGGAGGCUACUCUGGAGGCCAGAGAGGUGGCAGAAGAAGCUGAGAGACGGGCUCAGGAGAUGCAAGCACGUCUGGAUGAGUCUCUGGCCAGGUUAGCCGCCUUCUCGCGCUGCAUGUCCUCCCUGCAAGACGACCGCGACAGAGUGUUGGACGAGGCCCGGCAGUGGGAGACUCGCUUUAACGGCGCUCUGCAGGGUAAGGAGGCUGAAGUCCGAGAGGCCGAAACACGAGCCAAGGAGCUUGCAGAGCAGCUUCAGAAAGAAACCGCACUAAAAGAGGAACUUGCGCUUUCAGUUGACAGGUUAGAGAAAGCUGACAAAGAUUGGAAGCUGAGGUUGGAAGAAGAAGAAAAGAAAGCCACAGAGAGUCAAGCUGCCCUAGAGGAGGAGAAGGUGAAGCUUCAGCAAACCACGACUGAGUUGCAGUCUGCUCAAAAUGAAGUCCAAGCUCUGCAAAACGAGGUGGAGAGUCUCUCUCAGAGAACUCGUGCACUGGAGGAGGCUGUGGGUCGCCUGCAGGGUGAAGUGGACCAGGCCAGGACUGAGCUGAGGGAGAGGGAAGCAGAGGAGAGACGGUUGUGUCUGAAUCUGGAGCAACUGGAGACGGACCUGCGAUCCUCCAAGGCCUUGACAGAAAGCUUGCAGUCGGAGUUGAAUGAGAAGGAAAAGAGGGAAGUGGAAAUGCUUGGGGAGAAGGAGCAAGCUGUCGCUCAGGCUGCUGAGGAAGCCAGAAAGGAGGCCGACAGCAGAGCACAAGACGCUGAGAAGGAGCUGGAGCAGAGAAGAAGUGAAGUGCGGGAUCUGGAAGAAAAAAUGCGAAAGGCAGAGGAAGAGAGCAACAACAGAAAAGCCAGGCUGGAUUCGUUCAUGAAGGCCAUGGGAUCCCUGCAGGAUGACAGAGACAGAGUCCUAAACAUGUACAAGCAGCUGGAGGAAAAACACCUGCAGGUAAUGAUGGAGAAGGAUGGUUUGAUACAGGAGGCAGCGGGGGAAAAUAACAGCCUGAAGGAAGAGCUGCGCUCUCUGCUGGUCCAGAGAGACGACCUGUAUGCUGAAAAGGCCAAGCUGUCGGCUCAGCUUCACGGCUAUCGUGACGAACUUAACCAAGUCCUGAGCAUGAAGGACUCUCAGCACAAACAGCUCCUGGCAGCCCAGAGAGAGCGCAUCGCGUCUUUAGAAAACAAGUGCGGGGAGUUGGAAAAUGAGUUAAAGAGCCUCAACAGGGCCAGCGAGGCAGACGUCAAAGCUGUGGUGCAGAGAGUUGAGAGUGAGACUCUCGUUCAGGCUGCUGAGAGUAAGCCAACAUCGCAGGUUAGGGACGCUCCUGGUGCGGAGGUCGAAAAGCUGCGGGAACAGCUGCAGGCAGCGAGAGAGCAAGUGGAGGCUCUGGAGGAGACUCUGUCGAGGGAGCGGCGAGAGCAAGAGCGCAGGAGCAAGGAGCUAGCAGAGCUACAGUGGGAAGGAGGCGUGAUGCGGACGGAGUCGGAGAGCGCUCAGGAGAGGGUGGCGGAGCUCGCUCGAGACCUGCUGGCCGUUGAGCAGAAGCUGCUGGAGGAGAAAGAGGCGACAAAGCAGCUGAGAGCGGAGAACCAGUCGUUUGCUAAAGCCAUGGCCUCCCUCCAGGAGAGCAGGGACGAGGCAGUAAACAAGGUCCAGGAACUGAGCCUGAAACUGGAAGAGGUGAGCAAAGCAGCGGGCCACACAGCACAAAGCAGCCCUGCAGGCUCCAGCGGAGAAGUGUGGGGGCUAAAGAAUGCACUGCAAGCCCUGCAGAACGACAGGGAAAGACUGCUGGAACAACUUAAAGCGCAGACAUCUGAGCUGAAGAAGCAGAAGUCAGAGCUGGCUCGUCUCGGAGCGGGAGAGCUGAUUAAAGUCAGCCAGGAGCUGCUGGAGGAGAAGAACAACAACAAAGAGAUGCUGGCCGUCAUAACGCAGCUCGAGAACGUGGUGGAAAUGGGCAAGCAGGAAGUAGAGACGCUCAGGCUGGAGCGUAUGGACUGGAUGGCUCAGGCGGAGCAGCUGAAGCAGCAGACUCUCACCACGCUCUCGGAGAGGGACCAGCAAAUGCGGCAGCUCAGCGCCAUGCUGGAAGAAGCACGCGCUCAUAAGCCCAAACUCCAGCAGGAACGCUACCAGAGACAGGGCACAGAGGAAGUGGAUAGUGCUCCGGGGGCCCCACAGGAGCGAAACAGCCUGGUAGACAGUCAUGCCUACAUAGCUGAGGUCAAAGAGCUUCAGCGGAGACUAGAUGAUGAGACGCAGCAGAGGAUGGUGGCUGAGGAGCAGCUGAUGGCAACACAGGAUCGACUCAAACGUCAAAGCCAGGCUAAAUGGCACUCUGCAGAAGAAGGGGAUCAGUCAGAGACUGCUGUUUUUAUCGAGCCGCCGGAAGGAGCUGUCACUCGAACUCGGAGAGGUGGUCCGGGUUUGAUGCGGAUGCUCCGAGUGGCCUUCUGCUCCCGCCAGCGAACCCCACUGUUGUUCAGCCUCUAUCUGCUCACCGUACACGUCCUGCUGCUGCUGUGCCUGGGUGGAUACCUCUGAAAACCAGCUCCCUUUAACAAACUUGACAGAUGAGACGGAUGACACUGACCUAACCCGAGCCAUCGAUAUCAUUUAUAUUGUUACAUGUUAUAAAUUAAAGAAGGGUACAAGGGAUGUUCUACAUGCAAACAUUGCACUUUACGGGACUUAAUCUUUUAGCCAAAGUCUAUAGAUUUAUAAUAGCGGGGCUGUUGUCUUUAAUUUUAUCCAUUUGGUCUCGGGAUGGCUUUUGAGUGUGUAUGAUAUUCUUUAAAAACCAGAGCAGAGAGGGACACAAAGGGACGAAGUUUUACUUUUUCCUUCUUAAAAUGAAGAUUCCUAAUCAGGUGUUUUUGGCAGAUGGUGUUCAUGUGCCUUUAGAUUUGGAUAUGAAAGCAUCACUUUAUGUUAAAAAAAAAAAAACAUUUUCUGCAGUUUGGGAAGUAUGAUUAUCAGUUUUCUGGCACAGGCUAUACUUUUAUCAAGAGUUUACUUUAAAUAUAUAUAUAUAUAAUUUUAUGGAAACCAGAAAAGCUUUAGGAGAGUUUGUUGAAGCAAAUAACGCGAGAUUUGAUGAAUUCCGCUCGGGUCUAUCUUAAAUUAGCUUAGCCUAGCCUAAAUUACGGAAAGUACCCUCAUGGUAGAAAUGUAUCUAUCAAGUGAUUAAAAUACAAACGUGGAUACCCCACACCACCUCUAAAUUUUAACAAUUAACACACCAAAUCCGAUAAAUUCAAAACGCGAAGAUUUAAACCCUUAAUUUUCCGUUUUGCUGUUGCCAGGUAACCAGCGGCGACUCCGGGAAGUUAACGGUUGCGGCUAAGCCUCAAAAUAACCCGGAAAACCGCGAAACUUAAUUUAAACUUAAAUUCUCCGGUUUUCUUUUCUUUGUAUAGUUAGUAUGAUGUGCCAAUUAGUAAUUUGGCAGUUCCUGUGUUUACGUAAUUCUCUUCAGCCAGAGCUGUACUCGCUGUUUACUGCCUUUUGUGCUAAGCUAACCGGCUAAGCGGGUAAGCAUGUUUCCUAAAUUGUUGAACUUUUGGUUUUUGUUUUUAAGAUGGCUUGAGGUUCAGGCCGUGCUGUUGUAGUCCAGUCUCUUCCUCACCUGCUUAUCUCAUGCACAAAAAAAUGGAGCACAGUGCAAUGUCUGUUCUUACACAUUCCAAUAUUCUUUUUACUUUACUUUCCUCUUGUAUAUCAAUCACAUUCUUUCAAAUAGGGAACAUCUAAUAUUGAUAUUUGUACAUAUGUACAUGUAUUACAUAUGUCAGCUGGAUGUGGGUUUACCUGUUACAUAUCCAAUAAGGAUCCCUGUCCAUGCUUCUGCAGCACAUAUUUGCAUUUUAAUGGCAGAUGAAGCUGCCUGCAAAUUUACCACAGAUAGGAAUCAUUCCAGAGGAGGAGGACUGCUGUUUUCUAAUGAUAUCCAUCCCAUUUGAGAAUACUCUAAUGUAGCAUAAUUUAUUGUCCAUGAGAAACAGUUAAAUUGUCCACCACCACCUGUAUUGUGUGUGUGUGUGUGUGUGUUGCCAUUAUCCUCUGUUUAGUCACUGUGUUUGGAGUCAUCCUCUCUUUAAAUUCCUCACAUCUUAACCUAAUUAACAUUGUAAAUAACUGUUUAAAGGGCUGUAUAGAGUAAUAAAAUUAAAGUGGCGGUGGUUUAGAUCAGGGACAAGUUUUGUCAAAUGUGAUCUUUCUUAAAGCAGUGAGGGGGGUGUGACCAACAGAUCUGGGAUGUUUUAGUUUCAUUUUAAAUCAGAAGGUAAAAAAAACACUAUCCUUUGUAUUUGAGAAAUAAUUCAGAAUAAUAAUGGCUGUGAUGUUGAGAGCUCCUUUUGAAGAAACUCAAAAAUACAGAUAUACUGUAAUAAUUUGAAAUGCACACACAUUUUUUGGGCGGAAGGAUUAUAAACACACUGCUGUUACUGACACAAAUAUCAACUUACUGAAAGCUUUUAAUAAACGGUGUUUUAAACAUUA